AUGGAAGCCAGGAGCUUCGAGGAAUUUCGAGCGCGUCGAGCGGGAGCGUUGAAGGAAAUCGAGGAGAUCGCGGCGAGGUUGAGAGCGUCGGUGCUGGAGGUAGAGGAGCUGGAGGCGCUUGGCAAGGCGGUGCACGAGGACAACAGCGGUGACGCCGGUCUCACUACCGAGGUCACGAGGGCCCAAGAAAGCCUUCGCGAUCUGCACCGCUCGGUGACGGACGAGUUGGGCAGCUUUCAGCGGCGGCUUGAAGAGCAGUCGGGGACGAUGAGAGAGGUUCGGGAUGGCACGGCCAGAGUCAGCCAGCUUGCGGAGCGCAGGGAGGAUCGAAUCGCCGCCGCAGUGCACAUGAAACUAGAAUCAAAGCUGGACGACAUCCUGGCCGACCUGAAGGACUUCUACCACACGGUGGAAGAACACGUCGACAGCCUGUCUCCGGACGUCAUGACCGCUUCAGACCUUGAGGCGUUGCUCGAAAGUGCUGCGGCACAACCUUCGGAGAGAACCGACACAAGCAGGGACGGCGGCGGCGACGCUGCGGAGCAUCGAAUUCGAGCCCUGUCCAAGGCGGCGGUGGACCUCGCGGUAAAGACGAGGGUGCUCGGAGGCGGUAGCCGGGACGGCGGCGACGAAAGCGGCGGAGGAGGAGGGUGCGUCUCCGAGGGGGCGGUGAGGGAGGAGGUGGACGUGGCGAUCGGGAAGCUGAUGGCGGAUGGUACAGGGAUGCGGGACUACGCCAACGCUGCCCUCGGCGGCAAAGUGCUCACGUCCAAGGGUAUGGUGUCCGACACCUACACGCCGUCGUCUUGGUGGGGACCCAGCCGGUAUUGGCACGGAGCCGGGGUAGAGAACGGCGUUGGCCCGGUGGAGUCGGUUAUAUCGGAGGGCAGCAGCCUGGGCGCCUGCUGGGCCAUGUCCGGGAGCGAGGGCCUCGUGACCAUCCAGCUUCCCAAAAAGAUCACGGUGGACGGAGUCUCCGUGGAGCAUGUGUCUAGGAUGGUCACUACGGAGAGUGGGUCGGCACCAAAGGAGCUCGAGGUGUGGGGCAUGAAGAACAAGAAAGACAAAAAGCCCGCCAAGCUCGGGAGCGCCGUGUACGACGUUGACGGGAGGCCAAUCCAGACUUUCCGCAUUGAGCCGCCGGGCGAGCAGAUCGAGUUGAUCCAGUUCAAGAUUCUCAGCAAUUGGGGAAACCCGGACUACACGUGCCUAUACCGCCUGCGCGUGCACGGAAGAUAGAGUGAAUCAAACCCUGCCUGGAAGGCGCUCCCCAGCUGCCCUGCCUUCCUCUAGUACGUGUUGGAGAAAGAUCCCAGAGCUCGAAACCUUGUUCCGGGAACCGUGAAGAAGAGGAAAGAGUGAGGUCGAGCGGGGGGCUGCGCACCGCACGCACAAAGAUCAGCGAAUAAGUCUUCAAGCCCCCGCAGGUGCUCUUGUCUUGCAAUGAGAGCACGACAGUUGACGUGUCAGCGUACCAACUGGGUUGGGUGAGCCGUGAACACGCGACCAUGGGUUUUCUCUUUUCCCGUGGUACCGAUUUGUCGGGUAGCGAGUGAAGACGCGCCCAAGUUGUCGCGGCGCCGUCUGGGCACGCGAGAUGUCGUACGCCACGAGCGUCAUAGCCGAAGAAGGUAAAGAAGAAGUUCGCCAACCUUUUUCGAAGUUCGGUGUAGACGUGACGGCCACGGUUUUGGAUAAAAGCACCUCGUUCGCGCGGAACCCUUUUUUCUUUUCGCCUUGCUCUUUCUGGCGUUGGGGCAAGACGUGGCGCGUCAACGACGCUAUAUGCCAAUGCGAAUCUAGGUUUCCGUGACGGGUGGAGCACUCAUAUCGGAUGUGCGUUCCGGCAGGUAGAGGCACGGGUGAGAUAAGGUGUGUGUGUGUGAUACAACUACGACUUGCGGAGG